AUGAUGUUAGGCAAGCCAGACCUCAAAUGGUGUAUUCAAUAGAAGGCAGCCUAGAAUGUUAAAGAGAGACUCUAUGGCUAUCCCAGUCAUUAGAAUUAAUUGCCUGUGCAAACUCAGACCAAGUAUAGCAUCCCCACUGAAUUCGUAGGAUGCAUCAAUGAUCAAGACCAGAAGGAUGUUAUUAAGAUCCUCAAGUUCACUCAUCUCAAAUGGCUAGCCAAAAGCAAUAGCUUCGCCUUAGGUUAUAAUAAGAUCAAUAAUUAAAAGCGAUAAGGACACUUGUCUAUCUUUGAUUUAAAUGAUUGGAAAUUAUUUUAUAAGAAAUUCGCAAAUGAAGAAGCAAUGGUAGGGAUAUUAAGUUAAGAAUACUUAAAUAAAGUAUUUGGAAUUGGGAGUAAUGGAGGCAUCUACACUAUUGAAAAGGGGUUAGGAGGACUAGAGUAGAGGCCAGUAUUGGAGACUAAAAUCUUGUAGAUUACAGAGGGAGCCUUCUCGCCUAAUCAUAACAAGAUUGCUUUUUCGAGUUAGGAUAAGUUGAUCUAUCUCUAUGAUGUCUAAUCAGAAUAGAAGGAGACUCUUAUAGGACAUGGUAAGGAAGUGUAUACAGUGCAAUGGAAUCCAGAAAACAGUCUAAUAAUCAGUGGGGCAGAUGAUGAGACAAUUCGUCUCUGGGAUGCUUCUAGUAGAGACGAGAUUCUGAAUUUAAAAAGACAUAAUUUAGGAGUUAAAAAGGUGAGGUGGAAUAGAAAUGGGACCUACUUCGCCACGACAGGGAAGGAUAAGCAAACCUUGUUGUUUGAUCUGAGAAAAAUGGAUAUGGAGAUAUUUAAAUUGCAUCAGACUCAGGUUGACACCAUCUUUUGGCAUCCAAAAUAUCAAAAUAUAUUUCUCACAGGUGAUGCCAAUGGUUCUAUCUCAUGUUAUAAUAUCAAUGCUCCAACUGAACCCAUGUAUGUGUAGCAUGUGCCUGAGACCAUUGUGACUGAUUUGGCUUUAGACUCAAGUGGGGCAAUGAUGAGUGUGAUUAGAGCCAAAUAAUUACAACCAGAGUAAAAAAUCAGUAUGGCUGAUUAAAUUUCUAUUUAUAAGACUGCAUGA